AGAAUCAGAUUCAAACAACUUCGUGUCACUCUGACAACCUCAAAUUUUGUUCCUUUCUCUGCCCAGAAACGCACGAAGGAUCAAAAUGCUUGUCUUUUCCUCUCUUUAGUGGUUGGCAAUUAAAAACACGUGAGUGUAAGAAUAAAUAGAGUUGGAGUGUGAGUUUCACACUAAAGUUAACAACUUCCACCAUUUUUGGGUGGCUUGGAGAGUGUCAUGGUGAUGGAGGGAAGAAUCUGUGAAGAAUUAACGCCAAGGUAUUAUGCCCUUUGCGGCAUUGGAGGAAUGCUCAGUGCUGGCACCACCCAUCUUGCUAUUACUCCUCUUGAUGUCUUGAAAGUCAACAUGCAGGUGCAUCCAAUUAAGUAUUAUAGCAUUUCCUCUUGCUUUACUACUUUAUUGAGGGAACAAGGGCCUUCUGUUCUAUGGAAAGGUUGGACUGGCAAGUUCUUUGGAUAUGGUGCUCAAGGAGGAUGCAGAUUUGGUCUCUAUGAAUAUUUUAAGGGGGUUUAUUCCAAUGUAUUGGUAGACCAGAACAGGAGUCUUGUUUUCUUUCUAAGUAGUGCUUCUGCUGAAGUGUUUGCCAAUAUAGCUUUAUGCCCUUUUGAAGCUGUUAAAGUGAGGGUUCAAGCACAACCCUGUUUUGCUAAGGGUUUGUUUGAUGGCUUUCCAAAGUUGUAUGCAUCAGAAGGCACCCGAGGAUUCUAUCGUGGACUAAUUCCACUUUUGGGUCGAAACAUUCCAUUUUCCAUGGUUAUGUUCUCAACAUUCGAGCAUUCUGUUGAUUUUUUGUAUCGUAAUGUUGUCAAAAGAAAAAAGGAGGAGUGUUCAAAAGUACAACAACUUGGUGUGACAUGUUUAGCUGGAUAUGCAGCUGGAUCUGUUGGUAGCUUUGUUUCUAAUCCCGCUGACAAUAUUGUAUCUUCUCUUUAUAACAGAAAGGCUGAUAGUCUCUUGCUGGCUAUCAGAAAAAUUGGGCUGGCCAAUCUAUUUACCAGGAGCCUUCCUAUUAGAAUGAUGCUUGUUGGUCCUUCUAUAACUUUGCAAUGGUUUUUCUAUGACACCAUCAAACUUUUAGGUGGCCUGCCAACUAGUGGUGAAGUUAAAACUGACUUGAGAGAUGGGGCAGGCUAGAUUCAGAGAAAUACUAAUCUGCAGUCACACUUUUCAGCUGACUUGUAUGAUUGCAAGUCAUUUUAUACUACUUACUAUACACUGGAGCAGUUUUGUGGUAGCUUUUGUUUUCUGCUGCCAUUUAUUCGUUUUGAAUUUGUUAUUAUAGCUUUCAUUGAAGCCUUCAGAAUUUGGUUACCAAAAAGAACAAGCCCAUUUAUAUUCUCACGUGUAGUGUACUAGCAUACUAGGAGUUACCCAAUAAAAAGGAGAAAAAACAGAUUUACUAGCAAUGUUUGUCCUAGCAAUUUUACCAGAUAAGUUUUUGUAGCAUGACACUUUCUAUGAUCUACUUUUCAACAUUCUCUUGUUUUGACAUUAUUUGAGUAUGGUGUUUUUAAGUUU